AAGAGGCCAAACUUGGAGAAGAAAUCGGAGUUUUGUCUCUUUCAAUCUCCCACCUCAAGAUUUUGAGGCUCCAGAGGAACCGAGACCUUCUCCUCUAUCUUCGUGGCUUCUUCUUCUCCCAUCUCAGCUUCACGUUUCUCAUUUCUCAUUUCUCAUUUCUCACUCCUCAUUUCUCAGCAUUCUAUGGCAGCUUCCACUUCCAAUGCCGUUCUUCUCGGAGAUGUCUACUUUGAAGAAGUCACCGCCAAGCCCUCCGGCGUUCGCUUCCGGGACAGGACGCGCCGCGCCGCUUUGCGAGCUACCGUCAAUCUCACAAGAUUGCAACCGUUGAACAGUCUUUUGAACUUCGGGUGCUCCACCUCCAAUUCAACAUGGAGGAGUUCGAAUCCGAGCUCGCUCCUUGUUGGAACCAAGCGCUCCUCCUUUCCUUGCUGCUCCGCCGAUACAACGCCUCAUGUUCAGCACCUUUCCUCCUCCACAUUUUCACUCGACCAAACAAAUUUUGGUCCUGAGAAGUUGAAGUUGUUUUCGGGGUCAUGUUACCUACCACAUCCGGAUAAGGAGGACUAUGGUGGAGAGGAUGCACAUUUUAUUUGCGUAGAUGAACAAACAAUCGGUGUUGCAGAUGGUGUAGGUGGCUGGGCAGAUGUUGGUGUUAAUGCUGGACUGUUUGCUCAAGAACUCAUGUCCCAUUCUGUUAGAGCAGUUGAAGAGGAACCAAAAGGUUCUGUUGAUCCCGCAAGUGUUUUAGAGAAGGCUCACUCAUUUACAAAGGCCAAGGGUUCAUCAACAGCUUGUAUCAUUGCCCUUACUGAUACGGGACUGCAUGCCAUUAAUUUAGGUGACAGUGGGUUCAUUGUGAUUAGAGAUGGAUGCACCAUCUUCAGGUCCCCUGUUCAACAGCAUGAUUUCAAUUUUACGUAUCAACUGGAGAGUGGCAAUGGAUGUGAUCUACCCAGCUCUGGUGAGGUAUUCAAAAUAUCUGUUGUGCCAGGAGAUGUUGUCGUUGCUGGAACAGAUGGAUUGUUUGACAAUCUGUACAAUGAUGAGGUUGCUGAAGUUGUUUUGAAGGCAGUCAGAGCUGGACUAGAACCCCAAGUAACUGCGCAGAAGAUAGCAGCACUGGCUCGUCAGCGAGCACUGGACAGGAAUAGACAGACACCAUUUGCUACUGCUGCCCAAGAGGCUGGGUUCCAUUAUUAUGGUGGGAAGCUUGAUGACAUAACAGUUAUAGUGUCAUACAUAACUGGCUCAACAUAUGUAGGAUGGGGUUUUGCAUAGUUCAUGUGUUUUCAUAUGUAGCUUCUUUUAUGGAGCUUGCAUGUGAUGCUGUUUGAUCAGGGGUUUAAUUACUGGUGCAAUACGGGGAUGAGGCUCUGUGAGGGGUCAAAACCAGGGGAUUGGAGCGUAUGCUGAGAAGCUUUCAUGAUAAUAAACAAGGGAAUGUUGGUAGAUAUAUUGCAAGGGAAAAUUGUCAUCUGCAACCACUACUAAAUGCAAGCAUAACCCUGAAACUCAAGCAAAUACAAAAUGAGUACACGGAAAGGAGGAAUGACCCCCCUCCCCCAGAAACCGGUAGCAAAUGCCCCAAUGGUCCUUUGCUUUUAUUUAUGCUCUAGGACUAUCAAGGUUGAAAAGUUUUGUUUGAAAAUAUAUUUCCAUAGACAUUUAUAUAAGUAAAUAAGAAAAAAAAAACCUUUUUCCAUAAACUAUAAUUAAUUUAGGCCAAGUUAAAAUUAAUUCUUUUAGAGGAGUUAAAUGACCAGAUUUUCUAAAAAGCUGCUUUUAACUUUAAGAGAGAAAUUAUUUCAUCUUACGUUUUUAUAUAAAUAUUUAUGAAGAAACUAAUUCGUAAAGCACCAAGAAUACGUCGUUGGGAAUAUUUUGGUAAUAGUUGGAGUGCAAGUUUUGGGUCAGAAUGGAAUUGUGGUAAUUAGUUAAACUAAGCUGCCGUUGUUGCUUGGUUAAUGCAAACCUUUUCUGUUAUUGUUAUAGCUAUUAUUCUUAUGAAUUCAAAUGUGAAUUUAAGUUUUGCAUUGGAUAAAAUUAAGAAAGUUAAAAAUCAUAUAAGAAUUGGGACUCAUAAAUCUAAUGUCUUAAGGUCUGGGUUAGAUUUAAAUCUCAUUUUGUCUCUAGAUCCAUCAAUUACUAUUGUUUUUCUGUCUCUACGUAGCAGUGUCUGGAAAUUUGUCUGUGAAUUUAUGCUAGUGAUUCCUAUAAUUUGAGAUUUGGUUUUUGCAAACUUAAAAGUCAGUUUAUUUUGUAAAAAAAGUAAGCAUUAAUUUAUGAUAUGCUUUUGAUAUACGUCUGCCCCCUUCCCCCUGGAACAGUAUCAUUGUAAAAACAUUUACCGAAUACUUUUGUG